CUCUCACUCGCUUACUCCCUCUGUCUUCAAAAAAAGCAGAGUGUGUAGUAAGAGAGAAUAUUUCUGAUGGCUCGGAGCUCCACAAGAAUGAAAUGGGUGGUAUCCAUGUUCGUGCCUCUAAUCCUUCUCCAUUUGGUCCUUGCAGCUCCAGAAGAAGAUGGGCUAGUACCAAAUGGAGACUUUGAGGCAUCCCCAUCAAACGGGUUUCCAAGUGAGGCAACAAUAAUAGAGGGUCCCAGUGAAGUACCAAGCUGGAAAUCAAACGGCACCGUUGAGCUAGUAGAGUCAGGGCAAAAGCAAGGUGGUAUGAUCCUCAUCGUACCACAAGGUAGACACGCAAUAAGGCUAGGCAACGACGCUGAGAUCAGCCAGGAAAUAACGGUGGAGAAGGGCUCAAUCUACUCAAUCACGUUUUGUGCGGCUCGCACGUGCGCUCAGUUGGAAUCCAUCAACGUGUCCGUGCCACCUGCAUCGCAGACCAUAGACCUGCAGACACUGUAUAACGUGCAAGGGUGGAACCCUUAUGCUGUCGCUUUCAAUGCAGAUGAGGACAAUGUUAGGUUGGUUUUUAAGAACCCUGGUAUGGAGGAUGACCCCACUUGUGGCCCCAUUCUUGACAACAUUGCUAUCAAGAAGCUUUUCACUCCUGAUAAACCCAAAGACAAUGCAGUAAUCAAUGGUGAUUUUGAAGAAGGUCCAUGGAUGUUCAAGAAUACUUCAAUGGGUGUUUUGCUUCCCACAAACUUGGACGAGGAAACUUCCUCGAUGCCCGGUUGGAUAGUCGAAUCCAACCGAGCCAUCCGCUACAUUGAUUCCGAUCAUUAUGCUGUUCCACAAGGAAAGAGAGCAAUUGAGUUGCUCUCAGGAAAAGAAGGCAUCAUCUCCCAAAUGGUUGAAACUUCACCAGACAAGCUAUACAGCUUGACCUUUUCAUUAGGCCAUGCUGAUGACAAGUGCAAGGAGCCUCUUGCUGUCAUGGCCUUUGCUGGUGACCAAGCUCAAAACAUUCACUAUACUCCAAACUCCAAUUCUACCUUCCAAACUGCUAACCUCAAUUUCACUGCCAAGGCUGACAGAACUAGAAUUGCUUUCUACAGUGUGUACUACAACACCAGAAGUGAUGAUAUGAGCUCUUUGUGUGGGCCUGUGGUAGAUGAUGUGAGGGUCUGGUUUUCUAUGUCCAACAGGCUUGGUGGGUUGGGCUUUGUAAGGCUUGGGCUUGGGGUUUUGGGUUUAGUUUGGCUUCUUCUUUAAAUGGUUUAUUUAUUAGUUUUGCUUUAUUUUAAUGUUUCUGUGCUUAAUAGGUUCUUGUGAAUUGGGGGUGUAGGUGAAGUCACAUUCUCCAAAUCUGUUGUAUGUGAACUGGCAUUAAGUUUAUAGUUUAUGCUAUGAAAAAUGAGAAUGUUUUGUC